AGCGACCAAGAACACCAAAGAUAAGUCCCGACUAGCUAUGUGCGGAUAUGAAAGGUAGACCUCGUGGUAGCGUAAUGGUUCGAUCAAGAACUUCAGACCGUAGAGGACGUCGCCUAUACGUAGGCCAGGCGUUCAUUAAACAAUCUUACUUCCAGUCUGGAAACGAGCGAGUGCAUUGAAUACAAUCGCAGCGCAAAAGGCAGAUUGUCCAAAGCAGCAAGGCUACUGCCACUCGAGCAGAUAUCUGUGCAAACACACCACCGCACUCUUGCGACCGAGUGACGUCCGCAUACCACCGAUUGCCACCGACAAUGAUGACGAGGACAUGAUGACUGGCCAGGACGUCACGUUAAACGAUGACAGGGAAAGCGACUAUGGGUCCGAAUUUGGCACAGACGACGAAGCAACUCUCUCUGUACUCCUCGCACAAGCUGCGUCGCAGCCUCUUGCAAUAGGCAACCAUGCUGGUGUCCUGCCAGGCACUCCCCCUCUGUCGCCAUUUGCCAGAGGCACCCGGCGCAAGUAUGUCGAUGACGAGGGCAUUGUCUUCGAGAUGGUCUCACGCGACGGUCCUGUCGAUGAGGCCUCAAUUGAGAUUGAGUACGACGAGCACAACCGCUCAGCUUUCUCCCCUCGCCUAGACGCAAAUCGCGUGUCUGUACCGCCCGAGGCAGAUACUGGACCAGAGCAACCAAAUCCCCUGGACACGCGAUCGCCCAUCGAACGAUUCCGUACCCCGCCGAAGAAACCUCUCUCUGUCACCGACAUUAUAUCGCCUGCUUGGUGCGAACUACAGUACUGGUACAGCUUGACCAAGUAUGGGAGAGUUCGCCGGACCGCCGCCAUGAAGCAAGGCUCUUCGGUCCACAAAGUGCUAGAAGAACAGGCCGCGACUGUCCUGCCCGUCGGUACAAUCAGACUGCUGGUUGAGAGAAUCCUGCAAGAAGAAUUGAAGGCAAUCGUGCCAGCUGAGACAAUCCAACAAGUCGUGCAAAAGGCUCUUGACCAAGAAAAACGCACCUCAGUACCAUUGGAUGUCGUCGGUGGUCUGGUGCAUCAAGUCUUGGAGAAGGGGGAACUUGAGCCCGUCGCUGUCAACACUGUACAGAAAGCUGUCUCGGUCGAAAUCGAGACGAAGGAAGAUGCCUUUGGUUUGAAGAUUUGGAACACCAUACAGAAUCUGCGAACUCUGAGAUCGACAGGAACCGCUCGCGAAUUUGAAACCUGGGCCAUCAUUGAGGGUCAAGUUGUCAAUGGCAUAAUUGACGAGCUCAGUUACGUAUGUCCCGACGAAGACUUUGAGGCAGAGGUGGCCCAACAGAAGGAGACCAAGCCCAAGAGGGGCAGGCCGAAAAAGCAGAAAGUUGUCCCAGAGAGCCAAACGCUAGACGCCUUCUUCGGCGGCUCUCAAAACCUUGAAAACGACAAUACUGCAUGGCUCGGAAAUCCGCACGCUGAUCGCAGGAUCUACAUCAAAGACGUCAAGACUCGAGGUUCCAAAAGCAUGCCGAAAGGUGAGGCGUCCUUCAGACCAACUUCGAUGCAGCUGAUGAUGUACCAUCGAAUGCUGUCGCUACUUGCCUCGAACUCUGUGCCAGCUGAACAGGUCUUCACUCGCUACGGUCUCGAUAGCGGCAUCCCUUUCAGCGACAUGUUCAUUGCUCAAUUGGGCAGUAUCGAAUCCGGUACAACGAUUGAAUCGGAUGAUAUGCCAGCUCGAGAUGCAGUCGAUGAGCUGCUUGCCCACAACAGCCUCGAGAAACUAUGGACCUUGAUGAUCUCGGAGUUUCAGCUCACCAUAACUUUUCCCAACAAGCCAUCUGCGCCGUCUCCCAUCGGCGAUGUCCUCAUGGCUGAGUAUAGAGCCUCUGGUAGCGGUUCGAUUAUAGGGUCGAAGACCUUUGCCUACGAUGUCGACGUGCUGGACGCUUACCUAAAGAAGACUAUGGCUUGGUGGAACGGCGAGCGUAUGCCGAAGGGCGUCGAGAUCGAAGAGGCGUUCAAGUGUCGGAUGUGUGAGUUUGCGGAAGUAUGCACAUGGCGCAAGGACAAGGUCGAAGAAGGCGUCCGCAAGGCUCGACUUCGGAAUCAAGUCAAGCAGAAGAGCGACGUUUGA